UAUGGCAAAUAUUGGAGAAAAAGUUGUGUGCCUGAUUGCCUAUCACCUAUUUUUCAUGCUGUUUGUCUGGUCUUACUGGAAAACAAUCUUUACAUUACCAAUGAAUCCUUCAAAAGAAUUCCAUCUGUCAUAUGCAGACAAAGAACUGCUGGAAAGGGAGCCUAGAGGUGAAGCCCAGCAAGAAAUUUUUAGGCGAGCAGCCAAGGACCUUCCUAUCUAUACAAGGACAAUGUCUGGAGCAAUCAGAUACUGUGACAGAUGCCAACUUGUAAAACCAGACCGCUGCCAUCACUGUUCCGUGUGUGACAAAUGUAUUUUGAAAAUGGACCAUCAUUGCCCUUGGGUGAACAACUGCGUUGGAUUCUCCAAUUACAAAUUUUUCCUUCUUUUCUUGGCUUAUUCUCUACUGUACUGCCUUUUCAUUGCUGCAACAGAUUUACAGUAUUUUAUCAAAUUCUGGACAAAUGGCCUUCCUGAUACUCAAGCCAAGUUCCAUAUCAUGUUUUUAUUCUUUGCUGCAGCCAUGUUUUCAGUCAGUUUAUCCUCUCUUUUUGGUUAUCAUUGUUGGCUAGUCAGCAAGAAUAAAUCUACAUUAGAGGCAUUCAGAGCACCUAUAUUUCGCCAUGGAACAGACAAGAAUGGCUUUAGCUUGGGCUUCAGCAAAAAUCUAAGACAGGUGUUUGGUGAUGAGAAGAAAUAUUGGCUGCUCCCUGUAUUUACAAGUCUAGGAGAUGGUUGCUCCUUCCCAACUUGUCUUGUUAACCAAGAUCCUGAACAAGUUUCCACACCUGUUGGACUUAAUUCAACAACCAAAAAUGAGAAUCACCUUUUUCCACCAAAGACGUUACGAGAUUCCCAGAGCCACCUUCUUACUGAUACUCAGUCUUGGACGGAAUGUAGUGCAAAUACCGAAAAGGGCAAAGUUGUCCCCAAAGGUAUGAGCAAUCCUGGACUAACCGUGGAAAAUGAAACCUAGUCACUGUUAAUGGAAGCAUCUAAAUAUUCAAGGAAAGUUCAAGGUAAAGCUGCUGAUGAAAGGAAGAUGCAUUCUUCCAAAAACCAGUCCCCAUCAGUCAGCUGUUCCUGUCUGCUCCUGUGUGGAUAUGCUCAGAAGAAAUUGACAGCUGAUUAGCUGUUGCCAUGUCAUUGCUUGAAAC